AUGAUUCAAAAAUCGGGAUUUAACCAUCAAAGUUCUCCUAUCCAAAAAGCGUUAUCUGUUCUGCCAUCCGGUUGGCGAAGAGAAGAAGUAAUUAGGCCAAACGGUUUAAAUACUGGGAAAAAUUUAGUGUUUUAUGUCUCACCCGACGGUAAAACAUAUAAAACUCUAAAAGAAUUGCAAAUCGGUCUUGGGAGUAAAUAUGAUCUUUCUACUUUCGAUUGGCGUACUGGCAAAUUCCUCUCUACGCCGUUGAAAUGCAAAGUCCCUGGCAAUGAGGAUCAUGUUAAUCAUAAAAGGUCUAGACCUUACGACACGGACAAUGAUUGGUUUCAGCGUGGUUCAUCUCUUAAGUUCCCAAAAAUGGAACUGAAAUCAAACCACAUGUCAAGUAAACGCAUAGAUAAACCAGAAUCCCAAGAGUGUUUAAGACAGUUAUUCGCGGAGCGUCGUUUAUUUGAUCGUUGUCCAGUUGAUCAUCGCGAUCGAAAGACCAAAAUUGAAGCCACUCUACCUCCUGCUUCCGGUGUUCCUGGUUACAAUAAGAUGCAGUUGAUGCAAAACCUGAUUGUUUCAUUGUAUACUAAAUCUGGCCCGAUUUCUGGACAAGAACGUUGUGUUGAACAGAAUCCCUGUGCCAUGAUUAAUCAAAAUCAACCAUUUGUAAAAAGUUUUAUUGUAAUUGACGAGGACGUACGCAAACAGCAACAUCGAGUAAGUGAGCUUAGAGAACGCUUGCAGGCCGCUAGGAAGACUUGUGGCGUUCUAACCCAUCGAUUCAGUCCUCAUGAUUUCUUCCAGUGCUAUUAUUUGUGA